AUGGAAGUUAAAGAAUGUAAUGAUUUAAAUGAGGAAAAUCAAUUCAUCGUAGACGAUGUGAGUAAAAUUAUUAAAGAAGCUAUUGAAAAUUCAAUCGGCGGCACGGCGUAUCAACAUAACAAAGUCAAUCAAUGGACUUCAGCUGUGGUGGAGUCAUGUUUGAGUCAACUUACAAAGUUACAAAAACCUUAUAAAUAUAUAGUGACAUGUACAAUAAUGCAAAAGAAUGGUGCAGGACUUCAUACAGCCUCAUCAUGCUUCUGGGACAAUAACACUGAUGGAUCUUGCACUGUACGCUGGGAAAACAAGACCAUGUACUGCAUUGUUUCUGUUUUUGGGCUCGGCAUU